AUGGAAAAUGUUAAACGUAAAUUAAAUGUGCUUCCAAUUUCGGACAAAGUUCGUUUAAUAUCUUUAGUCGAAAAAGGUGACCGUAAAAAAUGUGAAAUCGCUAAAGAAUUCAACAUUCCGCCAAAUACAUUAUCGUCAAUAAUAAAACAAAAAGAUAAAAUCCUGAAGUUCAACAAUGGAAAUAUGAAAAAAAUGAGGACGACUCCAUAUUUGGACAUCGAUAAUUGCUUAUUAAAAUGGUUCAAUCAGUGCCGAGAUAAAAACAUACCAGUAAACAGAACGAUUUUACUUGAAAAAUCAAACAAAUAUGCACAACAACUAGGACACACUAAUUUUAAAGCCAGUAAUGGUUGGCUUACAAAUUGGAAGAAAAGACAUGGUGUAGUUUUUCGAACAGUUAAUGGGGAAAGCUCUUCAAUGGUCGUUUUAUCAAAAACUAUUGAAAAUAUCGAUGUAAAAGAAGACAAACCACAAACAGAGGAGGAAACCACUGCAGUUUCAACUCAACAAAUUAAACACGCUUUAAAAACAUUGAGACAUUUUUUCGAGACUACUACAGCUUUUUGA